UUCGUGUCAUUCAUGAUCUUUAAAAUAAAUGCUAAAUUUGCUGAUUGUUGCACCAGAAGUGGAUAUAACUGGUCUUUAGUUUGCUAAACCAUGCCAUCCAGGUAUCUUGUCAAAAUUUUAAAAAAAAAAUUUUUUUUUUAGCACUAUAGACUGGUUUAGUGUGAUAAGCUGCACUGUAUGCAGUGCAUAGUAAAAGCUUGAUUAUAAAGUGCUUCGUGCAUUCAUAUUGGCACCUGAAUUGUAUAUUGUAGUAAGCACACCAUGCCAAGUACAUUUUUUUGCAUUUGUUUUGUACUGUUUGUCAAUGUCUAUCAUGCUAGUGUAUGUGGCAGCCAUGACAUGUCUAAAACUGCCACCUCUAUCUCUUAAUGAGAUUAUGUAGUGCCUGUUAGGAGUAAGAAAGGUGGAGAGCAAGAAAUCACAGUAAAUGUCAUGGCCUGUGAAGACCCGCAAGUGCUGACCAACAACCAAACAGAGAACAGUGGGAAUGACUGUGAGGAAGGGUCUAGACACGAGAACCACAUUUCCUUAGAAGAGCCGUCUGUUAUUGAGAGGCUGGGUCCUAACAGUGAUGACUUGACAGAGGAGGAACUGGAGGCUGCUUUCUCUCGGCUGUCUGUGGCCUUUCGCUGUGACCAGUUCACUCUGUGUCAAAGGCUGGAGACGGAGGAACACGCUCGGGACAAUGCUGAGGACAACCUCAAACUGGAAGUGGAAAGAGGCAUGGAAAUAAUUGAGACACUCAAGGGAAUGUGUUUAGAUAUCAAACGGGCCGGGCUCCUCCAGCGUCUUGAGCUGUGUCUUAACAUUAUCGGGGGCACCAUCGGACGAAUCUCCAACACAGCAGAGGUUCUUGGGGCAGUGCAUCAGGAGGCUAAAGUGAGCCAUGCAGUGGAACUGAUGGUGGCUCAUGUGGAGAACCUGAAGCUCCGCCACGAGAGAAACAGCGUUGAAUUGGAGGAAAUGAAGAAACAAAUGGAGAAAAGCAGCCGAGAGCAAUAUGUCUCUGAGCAGUGGGAGGAAAUUGACUCUGUUGACAAGCUGGAAAAAGACUCACAGAAGCCACAUUUACGGCGUAGAAUCAGUACAAAUGUCAUCACAAAGCAAAUCCAGAGACAAAAAGUAAUGGAGUUAGAAGCUUUAUUAUCUUCAGUGUCCAAUGAGAUCAGUGACAGAGAAUCAAACACAAAGAAACCAGACCACACAGAAGACUGCCUUCUAGUGGACAGAGGGCAAGCAGCACCUCGAGAGGACAGUCCCUCACAAACUGCCAUGGUGAAUGACCCUGAGGAGACAUCCUCUGCCCAAAUUCUUCCCAGCCAGACUCUGAGACUUGAGCAGGACCCCUUCUAUGUAAAAAAAAACACAAGCUCACUGGCAGCGUUACCUCAUCAAAGGCUGAGGAGGAAGGCGGCGCUGGAGCAGAGUCAUGUCGGGCUCAAGAGAUCUGAGCACGACCUCAGAGACUGUGAUAGAUGUGUCAUUAGCUUACAGCGCCCCCUGAUGCAAUGGAUGUAUCACUGCCGCUGGAUAAUCUUGGCCAUCUACCUCACUGUUCUUUGCUCAAUCAUAAUAUUAGCCAUAUUAGUGUGGCUGCUGCAAACACCUGUCUUAUGGAUGUGAAAAAAUUAUAAUAAAUAUCCAUAGAAAUUGUUAAAAGUACUGUUGAUAGCUUUUGGUUACUGUUUGGUCGAUGUUUUAACUGUUUUACGGAAAACUCUUAAAUGUAUAGUUUGGAAAUGGUCUCAGAAUAAAAAUCUUGCACUAGCACUUAUGUCAAUGUAUAUUAUACAACUGUUUUAUUCAAUGUAAAUUAAAUAUUUGAAAAUAUGACAAAAAUACAC